GUAUUAGGUGGUUGCCAUGGUAGCCGCUACGUUUGAUACCAAAGAUGACGAACAAAUAUAAAUAUUGCGAACGGAAAAUAUCUGUCUAUUAUUAACUGUAUAUUUAUGUAUUUAAUUUUCACUUGCUUCAAAAAUAUUGAGCGUUUUAAUAAAUCCAUGAUUACUUUGUUUUUUUUUUCUACUUUAAACCGACGUAGCAGUGACGUACCCGUUUCCUUCUUCGUCUCUUGAGCGAAAUGGCGGCUGAAUAUGUUAGGUUUAUGUACAUUAGCUAACGCAAAACCAAUUUAAGACGCAAUUUUGGUAUCUAGGCGCCAUAAUCGCGUUCCUUCUUUAGCUCUAGUCUAGCAAAUUUCUGGGUUGAAGGCUAAGUUCGGAAAGUCAAGCCUCGAAGGAGUUUCACUGUGCCGCACUGUAGGUAUUUGGAUAGAUAAGGAAAUAACCCGCCAUGUGUUAACAGUAGCCUCUCUGAAGUGGUUAUAUUUAAGAUAAAAUGACGCAUGCAAGUUAUAAUAGUGAUUACUCGUCUGUUCGACGUUAAUUUUGAACCGGGGUUUUAAUCUAUCACCAUGGCUUAUAGUAAAAAUGAAGUGGCUUACGAAUAGCUGUUUAUGAAUGGUGAUCAAAUGUAGUUAACCGUCUGGGUUAGGUUGUUACUGCUGUUUUUGUUCAGUUUUCUUUCCUUAAGGAAAUACGGGAGAGUGAACUACUUUUGUCUUACCAGGAGUGAAGCCACCACCACACACAAAUUUAUGAUACUAGGAUAUCUGCAAGUCGCUUUCAAAGAUGUCUGACAUUCUAACAAGAGGGUUCAAGGCCCAGCUGACCACAGCUAUGGAAUCUAUUUCGAGGAGAGCCGUGUUUGAGAUAAUGAAGAUUUUUGAAAACACAUUGUAUGACAAUCAAAUGGAGCUGGCACAGAAAGGACAAGAGGUCGCCCAACUUAAAAUAAAGCUACAGACAGCAGAGCUAAAGCUGAAAGAACUUGAGCAUGCAAGAGGAAGACAGGUAAAGACGAAUAAAGUCCAGACGAAUCCGUCGCAAACAGAGGUUGAAGUUGUCACAGAAACUCCAGGACAGUCUUCUGAGGUCCCUGAGAUUGAUUUUGAAGUACCCGAUGACUGGUGUUCUCCUCUGGGCUACGAGACUGUGACCAAACCAGAUGAAGUUGUGUGUCCCAGUGUACGACUACGGCCGCUGUCCAUACCUCUGUGUCAUAUUACAAUCCCCAAGGAUGAGGCAGUUCGCUGUGACAUUGACUUGAACCAGAGAAGAAAGGGUGCCAGGAGAUCCAGUAGAAUUUCAAAUUUAAAAGAGAGCAAAAAUACAGGACUGAAUAUGGGAAAAGAUGUCUCUUCUCAUUCUGACCCAGUAGAAGGAGUCAGCCAGAGCCUUGGUAAACUGAAGGAGGAGGUCAAAGGUCAGGAUGGAGCUUCAGUAAAGCACGAGCGUGCUGGGUCACGGCCUGGCCUGGGGUCUUUCACAGCCCAAGCGCCAGAGAGAAGCCUCGCAGCUGGGGACGAGAUGCAGAUUGAUGCCCUGACUGCUACACAAGCUAAGACAAAAUUAUCUCACUGGGAUCAGAGCAGUCGUGGUGCAGACCACAGACCCCUUCAGGAUCAAGCCUCUGCCCCAUUUCUCUCCAUCUCCCAGAGUGGACGCUGCUCCCCAAGACCUGACCCUAGCCUGGCUCAACCAGGUGAGUGGUUACCUGGGUUGGACACCACCCGAGGUGGGGUGUCCAGUCUGGAGAACCUGCAGGCAGACAGAACCAGCUGCACUGGUGCAGCUAGCAGCAGCUCUGGCACAGAUGCACCCUGCUUCAGGCCUGGUUUUGGCUCAGAUGAGACCAGUAACGAAGACGAUGACAACUCUUUCCCAUUUCUGGACCAGGAGCCUGAGAACCAGAACUCCAACCAGAAUGCAGAGAGGGGUGCCCAGCAGGAUCAAUCCCAAGCCCCACCUGGUGAGUCACUAUGGAGACCAAGAGACGAGAGGGGUGGGAGAGCCUCCGUGAAUAACACCCGGCGAGUCACAAAUUUUGGAAACAGAGACCCUCUCCGACCCCAGUCUAAUACACAGCUGCUCACUUUACGACACACAAACGCUCUUAGCCACAAUCCAGCUUCAAGUGGAGGGAACGGCCGACCUUACACCUGCCCAUACUGCACAAAGUGUUUUACGUACCCCUCCCACCAGCGCAGACACCUUUUACGCCACACAGGAGUCAGACUGCAUCCCUGUCAGUUUUGUGAAAAGAGCUUCCUCACUCCCUCUGAGCUCACUGUGCACACUCGCACACAUACAGGGGAGCGGCCUUUUGGCUGUGCUCAGUGUGGUAAACGUUUCGCCCGCAGCGGGAACCUGAGAGCGCACCAACGGGACGUUCACAUGGGGAAGAGGCCCUUUGCCUGCACAGAGUGCGGAAAGAGAUUUGCCCACAGGGGAAACCUUAGGGUGCACAAUCACAGAGUCCACCAAGGAGAUCCCUACUAUAUGGAUAACCAGCAGGAGCCUGACAUAGUCCCAAAUCCCAUUUAAAAAGAUUUUUUAAAUUAAAAAAAUGGAUCUGCACUUUGAAUUUCAUUUGCACAAUAAAUCCUAAAAACUUCUUUGAAGGUUGCCUGUAUUAGUGAGCACUUAAAAUAGUUUAAAAUACUUCAGAUUUUUCUUUUAUUUGUUUCUGUUUUGAGACAAGUGUUAAAUUAAUUAUCCAAAGUUCAAGCUGCAUUUAUUGACCCACAGAAUCAAAGUUAGUUUCUAAAUGUUUUUUUCAGUUUUGACUUAUAAUUUUGGGUCCCGCAAAAAGAAAGAGCUUCUUAUUUUGCUGUAUUGUAAAUGAGUAGAUGUGAUUUUCCAAGAAUAAGAAACAUUGGCUGCUGAUGUGAAAAAUGUAAUAAUAAUGAUUCUCCAGGCUGACUUUAUCUUCCAGUGAUGUUCUUCCCUGAAUGUGGACAGUUGGCAAAUGAGUCCAAGCACCUUUUCAUUAUUUAAUGUGACAAAACUCCAAAAUAAUAAUAAUAAUAAUAUUUUUUGUAAAGCGAAUAAAGAAAGACUAGUUGGUAUUAGCUUAGGACAUGUGGCAUGCAGAGGUAGGAUAGCACAUCUGUUUCUUCACAUUUAUCCUGUACUGCCUAUCUCCUCAAACCAUUAAGUUGAAUGUAUUGUGAAAAAAAUGGAAAUGUGUUCCUUCAACAAGUCCAUAAUCAUGAUGUUAAAAAACUGUACUUUCCUUUCAUCCUGUUUUUGCAAAGUGAAAUUAAACACCAUAGUCAUGCAUUAACUCCUUAUAUUUCUCCUAAGCCUGAAAAAUCACUUCACUUCAGAGUUUGGUUUUAGUUUCGCUGCACAAGUCUUUGUCAGACACUAGGGGGCAGUGCCAACACACAAAAGAGUUUUAGAAACAGCUUUGGACAGCUUUGGACAUUUUGGUAGUGUUGCCCUAUAUUUCAGAUCUUUUUCCAUGAUGCACGCACUUGUGUCAUCGUGCCAUCUAUCAAGCUGUGCUUGUUAGGCAAAAUCUAAAUGAGAGUACCUCGGUUACUGGGUUUAGGUGCUCAAGACCCAAUUUCUCUUGAGCCGUUUGGCUUUAAAAGUGUGCAAAAACAGCAGUUUAAUUAUUGUCAGAGGGGCCAUUCUAUUUUUACUCCAGUCCAUAUCUUCAAAAGAUGUGCUGAAAGAUUUUGAGCCUUUCAUAAAACUAUAUUUGCAUAUGCUUUUAUGAACAACACCAUAAUAAGUCCCCGUGUGUGUUUUCUUCUCUCCAUAUAGUUCCUGAAAAAGUUACUUCCUAAUUGUGGAAGUGAGUGGAUACAGAACCCAGAUGUCUCAUUCUAUGUAAAAUGUUAAAAAGUAUUUUUCA